AUGCCCCCCCUCCCACAUUUUCGCGUGGAUCAAUGUCCUCCCUUUUUCGUAACAGGGGUGGACCAUGCGGGUCCUCUCUACAUAAAGACAAUAGAUGGCUCGAAAGUAAAGGCGUAUAGCCUCCUGUUCACCUGCGCGGUGACUCGGGCUCUAAGAUUGGAACUGGUGGCGGACCUCAGCUCGUACGAAUUUGUCUUAGCGCUACGUCGCUUCAUAAGCCGCAACCCAUCGGUCUCCCGGCUCGUGUCGGAUAACGCGCGCACCUUCCUCCGGGCCGAAAAGGAGCUUGAUGCAAUUUUCGAGCAUCGAAAGCACCCGGCCACCCAGGAUCUCUUGUCCAGGAAAAAGUUGGUGUGGACCCACUCCACGGAAAAGGCCCCCUGGACCGGAGCCUUUUGGGAACGACUCGUUCAGGUGGUCAAAAGACCCCUGCGCAAAAUUCUGGGAUCGCGCUGCUUACCAUUCAGAGAACUGGAAACCGUACUGAUGGAAAUUGAAAAAAUGGUCAAUGAUCGACCGAUUUCGGCGGUCGUAGUCGACCCUAGCGAGCCGCGAGCGCUGUCGCCGUCGGACCUGUUGUACGGGUAUGCCUCUCAGCCGGCUCUACCGGACAUGAAACGGGUAGCAGACACAGUGCGGUCGGCGAACGCGAUAGUGUUUUCAGAGCGCUGGAAAAAUCAGCAGGCAGCUCUGCGCGGCUUCUGGAAACAAUUCCACAAUGACUACCUCCAGUAUCUCAGGUCCGCGCACUACCGGAAAAAUGAGGACAGCCGGCCUAUUCAGCCGGGCGACGUAUGUCUGCUGCACUCAGCCGACGCCUCCCGUGCUUUCUGGCCGCUCUGCGUAGUCCAGGAGGUUUUCGGCGGGCAGGGUACCGACGGUCGUCGGAGGUCUUGUUUAGUCAAAACAGCAUCAGGCCAAGUCUUCAGACGUCCCAUACAAUUAUUGUACCCUCUCGAGGUUCGACAGUUCUAG